AUGAAGAACUCUGUGGUGCAUCAGGUUUGCACUGGGACAUCUGUGGGGCGCAAGUCCACCAUCCCCACAGCCCCCAGCGGGUACACUCUAUUUCUAGAGAAGCAAGGCAACGGGCCAAACUACCCUCUCCUGAGCGGCUCGUCUGCUUUUGUGCCGAUCCAAGGAGACACUGGUGUAAAGCUUGAUAUCCACCAAGAGGGCAAAGAUGCUGUCCCAAGUCCAACUGAGCAGAAUAGCAACUCCAAUAACACAAGCAGUGAGACCAGAUCCCCUUCUGGUGACAAAGCAGAUGAUCCAGAGGAAGGGUCCUCCUCCCAACAUGAGAACAUGGACUGUCCCAGGUCAGAAUACCCUACUCUUCCAGUAACAGAGGCACCAACAGGUCUGCUAAGGAAAGCCCACAGAGUCAGCCCUCCGUGGCAUUGCUCCACCGUGACUGAAGGGACAGGUUCAGACAGUGGGGAUUCUUAUCAUGGAAACAGCAGUAUGAAGUUAAGAAGUGUGGGACCAAGAGCCAGACUCCUGUCUAAAUCAGAGACCAGAAAAAGGUCUCAGAGCAGGUCCCAAAGUCCAGAUUCAGCCGGAGAGAUGAGUUCAGUUUCCAGACAUUCAAGAGAGAGUAACAGCCCCACGGCCUCAUCUCCAAACAGAAGGGUGUCCGGAACGAGCAGUGCAAGCAGCAGACGAGCUCCUACAGAUCUGCAGAUAUAA